AAAGCAUUCAAUCACAGAAACAGUGUGCAAUAUAUAAGAGAAUUUGCGCACGCAGGCGAGGCGGUAUUUUCGUUCGAGUGCCACGUAAAUAAGAGAAUACAGGACCAAUAAGAUUGCCCUAGGAUAAAAAGUCCCGCGACGACGCACAUGGGUGAUCGCAGUGACAAAACAUUUCAUUUGCAUUAAAGAGUUCAUAACGCAGGUAUUCUGGACACAGGUAGCACGAUAUGGCUACCUCUCAUCUAGUAGUGACUUUCUGUGCCACUGCUGGCAAGAAUGGGGAAGAUUUAGGAGUGGACGAGGAACAAAUUGUGCUCUUUGUGUAUCUAUUAUUCGACGUGCUAAACUGCAAGGUAGUUGCUGUUCAACAACAUUAUGUUAAGCCUCAACCAUCAGAGACAACAGAAACUGUGCUUACAGAAGAAUGUAAGACAGAGACCGGCCUUAAUGAAGAAGCAGUCAAGCAUUCUCAGCCUCUAGAACACAUCCUGGAUGAGUUCGACAGAUUUUUGUCUUCCAAAGGAGUUCACCCGGAACACGGAGGGAAAUCAUUCUGUGUCUUAACAGAUGGACAGUUACAUCUUCGCCAAUGUCUCCACCCGGAGACCACCAACAAAAACAUUUCAUUGCCCUCAUAUUUUUUCAAGUUUUACGACUUGCGGAAAGAAUUCAAGAAGUUCUACAAAACAGAUAAUAUACCCAAUAUAAAAUCUAUGCUGGACUAUUUAGGAUUACAAGAGGACAACUCUGUGGAAUAUGGAAUUCGACAAUGUCAAGAAAUGGCGAAUGUUCUUCACAGAUUAAUCAACGAUGGACACGUGUUUGGGGAACCAGAGAUAAUAAACGAACGCUUAGAACCCGGUAUAUGCAGUAAAUCGGACAUUGUAGAUGACAAUCAUGUUGUUCGGGCUCGCGGUCUUCCAUGGCAGUCUUCCGACCAAGACAUCGCUCGAUUCUUCAAAGGAUUGAACAUUGCAAAAGGUGGCGUAGCUCUUUGCUUAAGUCCGCAGGGUAGGAGGAAUGGGGAGGCAUUGGUGAGAUUAGAAAAUGAAGAAAAUAGGGACCUAGCACUGAAAAGGCAUAAACAUCAUAUUGGUCAAAGAUACAUAGAGGUGUAUAAAGCCACUGGAAAGGAUUUCGUCAAUGUUGCCGGUGGUAGUAAUUCAGAAGCACAAGCAUUUCUUUCAAGAGGUGGACAAGUCAUUAUACGCAUGCGUGGUUUGCCAUUUACAGCCACAGCGCAACAGGUGCUAGAGUUCUUUGCUCGAGAGCCAUCCGUUUCGGUGUUGGAUGGAGAAGAAGGGAUUCUCUUCGUUCACUAUCCUGAUGGAAGAUCCACUGGUGAUGCUUUUGUACUUCUUGCCUCAGAAGAAGACGCUGUGUCAGCCUUGAAGAAACACAGGGAGAUAAUGGGAACACGCUACAUUGAACUCUUUAAAAGCACUACAGCUGAAGUUCAACAGGUUCUCAACAGAAGUAUGGACCCACGAAACCCAGAACCCCAAGAAACCCCUCUUCCAGCAAUAAUCACUCAACUAACUCCGCAAAGCCAGCUUCCUUACAUUCCUCAAAGCCUCAUUACCAGCGGCACGCGUCGCGAUUGCAUCCGGUUACGCAACAUUCCAGGUGGCGCUCAGGUUACAGAUAUUCUUAACUUCCUGGGCGAGUUCUCUCAAUUCAUAAUCUUCCAGGGCGUUCACAUGGUUUAUACAGCACAGGGGGAACCUUCAGGUGAAGCAUUCAUACAGAUGGAUUCUGAGGAGUCAGCACAGCUGACAACAAUAAACAGAAAUAAGAGACACAUGGUGUUUGCCCAAAAGAAAAGAAUAAUUGAUGUUAUACAGUGCUCUGGGGAGGAUAUGAAUCUCGUUUUGACUAAUGGUAUUCCCACAACGUCUAUACCUUCACCACCACAAAUACCUUUUAUACAGAGACCCAUUCUAUCACAAGGAUUGUCUUCUUUUCCCUCCCCAACAACGCCCACACUCAUUCCAACGUCUUUGCCAUCACUGCAGCCGGCAUCAUUGCCUAUUGCCCACUUGCCACAGCAUCUCCAGACGGCCGCAUUCCCGCCAACUAUGAUGUCUGCCCCCCUUGCAGCAGCUCCACGACCAGCCUACUUCCCCCAGAUUGUUUACUGGUACCCUAGCCCUCCUAUUUCUCCACAAACCUAUGUCACACAUACAGGGCCUCCGACGCUUGUCGUAUUGAGAGGCCUACCCAUCAAUGCACAAGUUCAAGACAUACUGAACUUCUUUCAAGGUUUUCCAGAGGUAACCCCAGAGAACAUUCAGAUCCAGAUUUUACCCGACGGAAGACUUACAGGGGACGCAUUGAUUUCCUUCAUGACACGGUCGGAAGCAGAGCGUGCAAUAGCUCAGAGAAGCAAACAUACAAUAGGACAGUGUGUUAUAGAGCUGUUUCUAGCCUAAAUUGACAUGGGUAAAGUACGCAGUGUGAAAAAAAAUAAUAUAAAAAGAAAGAAAAUCACACAAUGUGUUCAGACAUUCCAGGGUCCAAAUAGAUAUGUUUAUUUUAGCAAUUUUAUGAUGUUUAUUGUAUUAUAAUUGUAAAGAUAUAUAUAUAUAAGCUAAUCUCAUUUUUCUUGAAAAGAUCUUGUAUUUCAGCUAAAAAAUAGAUCUGAACACACAUGGCAAAAUCUAGCAAUAUUAUUUUUAUAUAUAAUUUCCAGUCAAAGUCUUGCCUGUCUCACUUCCGUUUCUGACUAUUUUGCCAUGUUUGUAUUUUAAGAGUUGUUAGUACAUGGUGUAUGUUACUCUAUAGAACAGAUUACUGCAAAAGAAUACGUUGCUAAUUAUUGGCGUUAUUAGUGCUGCGAGAAAUUGACAUUUGUUUAAUUUCAUGAAAAAAAGAAUAUUUCAAAGUAAUUAUAUAACAUUGAUAUGCAUAUAUAAGUGCCUAAUUUGAGUAUUGAAUCAAGUAUUGUUAUGCCGUUAUACACGUUACGAAAUGAUUGUGAGUACGCAUUGUUUAUUUUGUUUUUUUGUUUUUAUUGUUGUUUAUGUUUAUAUCAAAACAUAUCACUCCAUGACAGCCGUUGAUAUUUUUGUAUUUUUUAACCUUGUUUGAAUAUAAGACUUUUUUUAAUAUCUCGAAGUGAAGAUUUUUAUGAUAAUUUGACACCAGUCAAAACUUUAUAGAAAAAAAAACAGUUCUAUACACCAAAAUCAACGCAUAACUCUUAUAAAUAUGCAAGAAAAAUUCUAUGCAAUAUCAAGAAAUCAAACUGAAAUUUGAAUGUUCUAGUCAUAUUUGUUGUUUAGAAUUUAUUACAUGUAAUAUACUAAAUAAUACUAGUAAUCUCAUAUUUAGCAAGCGCUUCAUACUUUGAUUAUUUGAGGUUGUGAUUCUGAAUUGUUGUACAUAAGCCAUGACAGCUAUUU